UUUAUUUAUCAUUUUCCUCAGAAUGAAUAUCCUCCUCUCGUCUGUUCUUAUAUUGAGUUAGUGCACAUAGUCGAUGGGACGUCCUGUAACCUCUAACUCUCUGAAACCACAGGGUAACUCCUGGCUCCAUGUGGGCACAGACCAGCCCUUCAAGUCUAUUUGCAUAGGAGGAGGCCACCAGGUGUGGGCCAUCGCCAGGGACGGUGCCGUCUUCUACCGGGGCUCCGUGUCUGCCCACAAUCCAGCUGGUGAGUGCUGGUAUCACAUACCAGCUCCCCCAAAGCAGACGCUCAGGCAGGUGUCUGUAGGCAGGACCUCCGUUUAUGCUGUGGAUGAAAACAGUAAUCUGUGGUACAGAGAGGGUUUGACACCCAGCUAUCCUCAGGGUUCUGCAUGGGAACUCAUCUCAAGUAAUGUGUGUAAGGUGUCUGUUGGACCACUGGACCAGGUUUGAAACCUUUUACUUCCCGUUAAAACCACUAAUGAACAUUUUAUCUUACAUAGACAAAUACAGUGAA